ACUUUUUGGUACCGACAUGUAUAAACGCGCUUAGGAAGCGGACGAACGCUCGCGUGCGUUUGACAACUACAAAAGCAGUGACUGAAAAGCCACAAAACAACUACAUACUGUGCGGGGUUAUUCUUAUUUGUACGUUUUUUUUCCACAAGCGACAGAAAAAACCUGUGAGAAUAAAAAAGUACGGAGCAAAAGAAAGCCGACUUAAAAAUAAAAAUCGAAGGGAAGCGAGAAAGCACAACACCAAAGCGGGGACCAGAAAAGGACAGAACUAACGGCGAAGACAGACGGAGCUUUAGGACUAAAACUAAGCCUCGACUGGGAUUAGGGGUCACCAUGGUGAACCACCACUCGAAUGGCGGCGGCAGUGCCGGAAAUAGCAGCGGAAGCUUGAGAGGAGGUGCCCAUGGUGGCGGAGGAGGGGACUACUCCGGAGAUGAUCGCAGUGGCGGCGGCGAGGAGCGGGAGCGACUGGACGGCGACCUGCAUGACAAACCCACCUACCUGCUGGAGCACCUGGCCACCUUCACGGUGAACAAGGAAUCGGGCAUUGUUUAUCCGGCAGACGGAAUGCGUCGACUGCUUCAGCUGGAAAAGACCACUGGCAUUUGGUCGCAGAAGAUGCAGCUCUGCUUGGACUACCAGUGGGUUCUAAUCAUGGACUACGAAACGGGGAACAUUAUCGAAAGAUUUCCGGCUUCGUUAGUCCAGGAGCCCACCGCCUUCACCUCCAACGACGCCAUGGAGCUGUAUAACAAUAUUCUGGUCUUUAUCGUGUCCGGAGGCGGUGGAUCCCGCUCCGAAAUGCACAUUUUUCAGUCACAAAGCGUGUCCGCCGUUCACCUGGUAGAAGACCUGAAGCAGCUGCGGAGCGGCAAGAUGAUCACGCAGCAGCGCGGUGCCACACCCACGCAGUCGGGAGGCGGAGGCGGCGGGGCCUCCAGCAUGGCCAUGAUGAUGAGCAAGACCUCCUCGUCCUCCUCGCACAGUCGAGUGGAGCUACACCAGCAUAGGGAGCAGCGAUCAGACCGCGAGCGGGAAAGGGAACGGGAUCGGGAUCGGGAGCGUGAAAGCCACCAUCACAUGCACCAAAGGAGCAGUGUGGAGCAGUACGGAAUUCGGGCCGGAGUGGGCGGUUCCGGCGAAGAUGUGGCCCACAUCAGUGGGGAAACGGAUUCGGAGCACGGCGGCAUCGGAGGAGGAGGAGCCGAGCGCGAUGAGACCAGCUCCACGUCCAGCGAAAAGUACGAACGGGACGUGGCUGUUCUGAAUCACUGUUUCGACGACAUCGAGAAGUUCAUAGCCCGACUUCAGCACGCGGCAGCCGCUUCGCGGGAACUUGAGCGUCGUCGCCGCAACCGCAAGUCCAAGAAAAGGGAUCCGGGAGAGGGGCUGCUCACUCUGAGAACCCGACCGCCCCACGAGAAGGAGUUCGUGGACAUCUUCGCCAAGUUCAAGCUCUCGUUCAACCUGUUGGCGAAGCUGAAGGCGCACAUCCACGACCCCAACGCCCCGGAGUUGGUGCACUUCCUCUUCACGCCGCUGGCCUUAAUAGUGGAGGCAUCCAGCGACACGUACUACGAGUCACAACUGCCGGCGCGGGUCGUUAACCCCUUGCUCACCAGGGAGGCCAUCAACCUGCUCAUCAACUGCGUGACCAGCAAGGAGACGGAGCUGUGGCGCUCGCUGGGCGAUGCAUGGGUCAUCCCGCGCGAUCAGUGGAAGGAUGACGUCGGGUCCUACCAUCCGGUAUUCCUCGACGGCUGGUCCCCGGACUACCUGAUUAACGAUGAGCUGGAACCGCCCCCGAACUCCCCACCCGCCCAUGUGAGCAAGCGCCGGCUGGAGGUCCAGGCUGGAUCCGGACUGAAUGGCCGAGGAGGCGGCGGGUACGAUGACUACGACUCGGGGAACGGGAUGAACAUGGCCAUGGGCAUCGAGAAGUACACCAUCCACCAUGGCAACGAGGGCUUGAGGGAGCGGGAAAGGGAAAGGGAGCGCGACAGGGAUCGGGCGGGAGCUAUCAGCGCCUCCGACUUCAACACCCGCAGCGAGCUUUCCUUCGACUCAAUCGAGGGCAGGAGCGGUGCAGCGGGCCAUGGCCAUGGCCAUGGUCACGGGCCAGGAGGAGCUGGACCCACCCUGAGCGCCAUCACAGCUGGUCUGCAGAAUCUGCACACGCGGGAAUCCCGCGGCGGAAACGGGUACGGAGGAGCUGGUCCAGGGCCUUCCUCCGAGUUGGGCGGCGGCGGAAGAGGAGUUGCCACAAACGUCAGCGACGACCAGAUGCUUGAGUCCUGGCUGGAGGAUCUGCAGGCGGCAGGAGCCAAGAUUGUGCUGGUCACCUAUCCACGCACCGCCAACAACGACAAGGAGCUCAGCGUGAUGCGAGGCGAAUAUUUGGAGAUCCUCGACGACACGCGGAAGUGGUGGAAGGCGCGCAACAUGCGCGGCCAGGUGGCCCACGUGCCUCACACGAUCGUCACUCCUUUCAAUUUCGGAGAUGGAGAUGGGUCCCAGUUCUACGGCCAACAACAGUCACCGCAGGGCAUUCCGGGCUCCGGCAACAAAUCGCGACCAGGGGAUAACCCCGGCAUGGAGCAGCGAUCGCCGGACCCCACCGACAUGAUGCGCAGCAAGCAUCUGGGCAAGAAGGGUGAAUUCCGCUACUUCUAGGACGAAUAUACGAUUUCUAUUUACAUAUACACAUAUAAACCAUAGUGAGAACCUAGCGUUAUGUAGGAAAACAGACAUCCGCAGUCCCGACUGGGAUGCCAAUCUGUUCCCCAUUGGACCGGAUUAGCUAGAAGUAGAUCUAACCUUAAGACUAAACUUAGUGGAGCUCCAAACGAGAGUCGCAGGUGGCUCCUUCUGACGCAGUUGCUGAAGGUGAUGCUGAUCAAGACGAAGAAAGGGAGGAGACGGCAAUAAUUUGUUUUAAUAAAAUUAUAUCCAAAGGAA